AUGCUCAUGCGCAUCUCUGUGCCGGCUACUCACGGAAGUUGCAGCCGCACAGCUCCUUCCCACCUGCGUGGUUCCACGGCGGAUUCCCGCCCCACAUGGCUCGUUCAAGCUGACAGCGGUCUUGCACCAUCCCUCCUCGCCGUCGGUGCCAUCGGCACCGCGCUCUCGCGAGUGGCAACGAAAGCUUUACGCCGACGAGCGACGCAUUUGCGCGCCUCUGGCAAGGGCAUCCGGGAUGUGGUUCCCUGCGGUGGGCCCACGGUCGUCAUCUCUGGGGCUAGUCAAGGGACGGGCAGGGCCCUGGCUCUGAAGUUCGCGCAGGAUGGCUACAACGUGGUGCUCGCUGCGAGAGGUGCGGAGGCACUGCGAGAGGCUGAAGAUUGCUGCCAAGCAGUCCUCAAGCCAGGCAGGCUUUCAUUGUCUGUCCCGUGCGACAUAACAUCUCCGGACUCUAUCCAGCUACUUUUGGACACUGUCGUUGCACGGUUCACGGAUGUGCGCGUGGUGGUCUGCAAUGCCGGAGUGUGCAUGACAGGCGAUUUUCUGAACACAUCACUGGAAGACUUCCAGUCUCAGCUCAAUGUGAACUUUCUGGGUCACGUGACGACCGUGCGGGCAUUUCUACCAGAGCUACUUCGGCAGAAAGAGCGGUCUGGUCCGGCUCCCACCGUUUGCUUCGUGAAUAGUUUCGGUGCCCGGGUUCCUUUGCCGGAUAUGACUGCCUAUUGUGCAGCCAAGUAUGCCUUGCAAGGCUUUGCAGACUCCCUGAGACUCGAGCUUGCAGCGAGAGGUGUGCAUGUGGCCACGGUGCACCCCGGCGUCAUUCGUAGCGACUUCCGCACUCGUGCACAAUGGCGAGGUUCGGCAGGAAGCCGAAAGUCUGCCAUGGACACGUUGCUUGAUGGAAAGUCCCCGGUGUCCAGCCUCGUCACGCAGUCCGUGGAGGAGGUUGCCGAGGCUGCGUACGAAGCUGUCAAGACGCGGCAAAACGAGGUCGUGGUGGGCAUGCCAUUUCGCACCAUGCUCACCGCCUAUGGCUUCGGCAAGGCACUGGGCCUUGCCUAA